GAGUUUGGCUCCGGAGGAGGGGGGUCCAGGACUCCCGGCCCCACCCCCUGCCCCGCCCAUUCCCCUGCUCUCACCCCGCCCCACGCAUUGGGAUCCGGAGGGGCUCAGCUGACGCCGCGCUGCACGUGACGCCGGUGCCGGGCGAAUAUGGCGGCGGCCACCGGACCCUCGUUUUGGCUGGGGAAUGAAACCCUGAAGGUGCCGCUGGCACUCUUUGCCUUGAACCGGCAGCGCCUGUGUGAGCGGCUGCGGAAGAACCCCACUGUGCAGGCCGGCUCUGUCGUGGUCCUGCAGGGCGGGGAGGAGACUCAGCGCUACUGCACCGACACCGGGGUCCUCUUCCGCCAGGAGUCCUUUUUUCACUGGGCGUUCGGUGUCACUGAGCCAGGCUGCUACGGCGUCAUUGAUGUUGACACUGGGAAGUCGACCCUGUUUGUGCCCAGGCUUCCUGCCAGCCAUGCCACCUGGAUGGGAAAGUAAGGAGCA